CCCCUUCAUCAACAUCCCAAGCAAAAUGACCCACGAUAUCCGAUCACAUCCUGUUCCCGAGUCCUUCCAUAGCCGCUUGUGGGCGUCCCGGCGAACUGGGCCACCGAAAACCAUCGCGACCCCUGACCCUGCCAUGACCGAGCAGCCUCAUACUUGGCUGCUGCAGGCGCACGCGCACUCGGAGCAGGGUCAUCGCCCGACUAUGGAAGAUAUGCACGCGAUCGUCCCCGACUUCGGUGGGAUACACGGGCAGGGGUUCUUCGCCGUCUACGACGGUCACGGCGGCAGCAUCGACGUCGCCAGAUAUUGCGGCGAACAUUUGCACGAGGUGUUGCUACAGAACAUGCACCAACUUCCACACGAACCCUUACUCGAUGUCCUCCGACAGACCUUCCUCGAUACAGAUGAGAAGAUCAAAGAGCUGGACAAGUCGGAUCCGACACAUCUCUUCAGCCUUCAUCGAGAGAGUGCUAAGGCGUACAUGAUUUAUAGCACUGUUUAUCGACACACUACAUAUUCUGCAUAUCCAUCGCUCGUUGCAUCCCACUCCGGAUCGUCGCCAUAUAUAUCGUGUCACCUGCGCAUGUUGUGUACGAGAUCGGCCGGCAUCUACGCCUUACUCGAUCUCGACGCAGUUGACAGCAAGAGGACCGUCCACUCCACCACUGCAAGAAACUUGAUUUCGUCACAAAUGGAUCCAUCCGUCACUGUGGUUCCAGUAUGAGGAUCACGUCUUGCUACCGAGUUCUAAAAGCUACCAACGGUGGUACUGUUUGGCAGGUCGACGCCGCACAUGUUAUGCCAAACGGCAUAGUUGUCGGAGAAGUGACCGAAGGAGAGGCAGCAGAAGUUGAGAGGGUUGCUGCUUGGGCAGACGGAUGACUGGGCGAAGACAGCGGUAGCGAGAGCGAGGACUCCUGCUGCGAUGAGGGUGGGCGACUUCUGCAUUUUCG